UUCGCGCACCCUGCUCAACACGUCUGAACUCGAUCGAUCAGCAGGCCCGAGUUGACCCGCCGGCGGCGUGCCCCGCGCGACCGCGGCCCCUCGGGCGGCCGCGAGCCGUUCCCAUUCCUGAAUAAAGAAAGAGGAGGAAGAGAAGCCGAGUUCCUCGAAUGGUAAGCAGGCGUUGACCAGAGCAGAGUGGAUCACAUCGCCACCGCCACCACCACCGCCUGAUGAUUGCUCGAAAGAUAAACACAUCCCAUCCGAUCAGAUAGCUUAUAAUCUUCCAUACUGAUGCGGAGACUGAUUAGCGGCCGUUGACUUUGCUUGGCGCGCGCGGCGGGCCUCGGGCUCGGCUCAGCUCAUCUCGCUCGCCGGAGUCUGGGCGAGGACGGACGCCGGGGCCGGGGGGCGGGGGCAUGUGAAAUGGCGGCGCUGGAGAUCGCCUUCGCCGCCAUCAGCGUCGCGGCCAUCAUCGCCAUUGCCUACUUCCUCCACACGUGCUCGCGGGAGGCCACGCCCGUGCCGAUGCCGAUGCCGCCCGGCGCGGAGGAGACGGCGGCCGCCGCCGGCGACGUCGAGCUGCAGCAGGCGGGGAUGGACGAGGCCGCGAUCAGCGCGCUGCCCAAGGUGGUGGUGCACGCGAGCGGCGGGGAAGCGUCCUCGUCGUCCACGAGCUGUGCGGUGUGCCUGGGCGAGUACGACCGGGGGGACGUGCUGCGGGUGCUGCCGGACUGCGCGCACUCGUUCCACCGGCCGUGCGUCGACCAGUGGCUGCGCCUUCGCCCCAGCUGCCCCGUCUGCCGCACGCCGCCGUCCACGCCGGCGCCGGCAGCCGCCUCGCCGAGCCAAACGUGAUCUCUUCUUCUUUAUUCUGAAACUCUCGAGAUGUAAAUCAAAGUGCAUGUAUAGUUCUGUAUACUUCACUCAAAUA